AUUACUGGUCAAUGUCAAAAUCCUUCCUUGCAGUCUACAGAUUGGAUUUUGUUAUGAUGGGUUCUGUUUUGGCAAAGAAGAGUACGUUUUUGUGGUCAGUUUAUGUUCUGUUUUUCUGUGUGUAUAGAAAUGUCAAUGCUAUAGAGGGAGGAGCAUUUGCAGUUGCAGAGAGCUCUUCCAAACAUGCUUAUGCUACAAUGAUGUACAUGGGGACACCCAGAGACUAUGAAUUUUACAUUGCAAUUCGAGUCAUGAUCAGAUCCCUUGUCAAACUCAAAACGAAUGCAGACCUUGUUGUUAUAGCAUCCAAGGAUGUGCCUCUGGAUUGGGGAAAAACUCUGUGUGAAGAUGGAGCUCGAGUUGUAUAUGUAGACAACAUUGAUAAUCCUUACAAGAACCAGUCAGACUUUGAUAGGCGUUUUGCUCUUUCUCUGAACAAGCUAUAUGCCUGGAGUCUUGUGGAUUAUGAGAGGGUAGUCAUGCUUGAUGCAGAUAAUGUCUUCCUCCAGAAAACUGAUGAGCUUUUUCUGUGUGGACAGUUUUGUGCUGUCUUUAUCAACCCCUGUAUUUUACACACUGGGCUUUUUGUUUUACAGCCUUCGGAGAAGGUUUUCAAACAUAUGCUGCAUCAACUGGCUACAGGGCUGAAAAAUGAGGAUGGUGCAGAUCAGGGAUUUGUGGCUGCACAUUUUGAUGAUUUACUGGAAAGGCCUAUGUUUCAUCCGCCUACAAAUGGAUCCAAGCUCAAUGGGUUCUAUCGAUUACCAAUUGGAUACCAGAUGGAUGCUUCUUUCUACUACCUGGCGCUAAAAUGGGAUAUACCAUGUGGACCAAACAGUGUCAUAACUUUUCCGAGUGCAUUGUGGUUGAAACCAUGGUACUGGUGGGCAUGGCCUGUUUUGCCUUUGGGUUUGUCAUGGCAUACGCAACGUCUUGAGACUAUAGGGUAUGAUGAGGAGAUACCCCUUGCAGUUGCACAGUCGGUGUUCUACAUAAUAACAGCUAUAAUAGCAAUAUCUAUUCGGCAAAUCUUCAACACAAAGCCCUCUUCACCCAAUCUCUGCUGCCUGAAAUCAGCACUUGGCUUCUCUUUCUAUUCAGUGUUACUGAAGAAACUAAUUCCUUUUUGUAUAGCUGCAAGCUAUUUGAUUCCAUUUUUCUUUGUUCCAAAAACAAUUCAUCCAUUAAUGGGCUGGGGGCUUUACCUACUGGGCUCUAUGUCCCUUCUUAUUGUCAUAAUGAACACAUUUUGUAUCCCUGUUUUGGCUGUUAUUACCAUCUGGAUUCAAGUGCUGGGAGCUCUUCUUGUCAUGGCUUUUCCUCUUUACAGCAAUGGCAUGGUGCGUGCAUUAUCAGUGGGAGUAUAUGGCUUCUUGGCUGCUCCAUUUUUAUGGCGGUCAGGAGUGAAGGUGAUGAGACAUUUGGACACAUGCUUUGAAGAUGACUCAUUAUUCUCAAGAUUUGAUCACAAACAAUCUCGUCUUUCCAAACUGUCUUGAAAGACAGUUCAAGCCAUAUCUUUAUGGCUCCUCUGAUUAUGGCUCCUCUGAUUAUUGUUUCAUCUCUAUAUCAGAGAGAGCAAUCUGUGCUAGAUGAAAAGAUUUUUCAAACUCAAAACAGAUCUCACAAGCGGGUAGAUUUUUCAAACUCAAAACACAUCUCACAAGCGGGUAGGUAGCAGCAAACUUAAUCAAGGAGACGGACUGGCGGCCCAGCUUAAACAGCACACACAAAAGGGUAAGGUUAUAUGGACGAGGGUUUUCUUGAAAAAAAUUAAUGGAGGUUGGAGACUUAAAACUGGUGGUCUCAUGCUUUACUAGUGCAUAUCAGAUGAGCUUUAAAAAAAGAAAGCUGGUGAUCUCACCAAGAA